UUUCGCUAGGGUAGAGCCUUGGUGGCCGCCAUACUGAAGCCGGGGCUGGGUGGGGCCAGUGUAGGCCCGGGCCGCCGCGCGGGCGGGGCCGUGGCGAUGGGGAAUCUGUUCGGGCGAAAGCGGCGGAGCCGAGUCACCGAGCAGGACAAGGCUGUGCUGCAACUGAAACAGCAGCGGGACAAAUUAAAACAGUAUCAAAAAAGGAUAUUCUUGCAGCUGGAACGGGAGAGGACUGUUGCUCGGCAGCUACUGAAAGAUGGCAAGAAAGAGAAAGCCAAAUUGCUGUUGAAGAAAAAGCGAUAUCAAGAGCAAUUGCUGGACAAAACGGAAAACCAAAUUAGUAACCUGGAGCACAUGGUCCAGGAUAUUGAAUUCACCCAAAUCGAGAUGAAAGUGAUUGAAGGCCUCAAAAUUGGCAACGAGUGUUUAAAUAGGAUGCACCAGGUUAUGUCAAUAGAAGAGGUAGAAAGGAUCAUGGAUGAGACCCAGGAAGCUGUGGAGUACCAGAGGCAAAUAGACGAGAUGGUGGCUGGCAGCUUCACUGAAGAGGAUGAAGAUGCCAUCCUAGCAGAAUUAGAUGCCAUCACUCAGGAACAGAUUGAUUUUCCAGAGGUUCCCUCAGAGCCCCUCCCAGAAAAAAUUCCAGAGACAUCACCUGUCAGAAUCAAACCAAAGCCAGAAUUGGUGGCAGCAUCUUAACUCCACUUCCUGGAAGAUCCCUGCGGGGAACUCUGGAAUCCCAGCACACCUGGGGUGUGUGAGAGGCCGCUGUGGUGUCCCACGUGGCUGGCACUCAACAGCCAUGCUGGAGCAGGUUUCCUGCACAGAAUGGAAGCUGCAACUGGUGGUUGUUCCCAUAUCAAGAUUAUUUGUAUUGCGUGCACUCCUUUUUGUAAUUUAAACUCUGGAUUAAAUGGUGACUCUCAA